AUGAAAUUGACCACAGAGCCCGCAGAAUGUACUCUUCUUUGCGCCCCACGUAUCCUCCGCACCAANAAAUUCAUCGCCGCACUCGCAAAUAGCCCCGAAGUGGUCAACAUCUCAUAUCUCGACACUGCGCUCUCCAAAACCACACUCCCAGACAUCGACAAGUACAGACUCGAAGACCACGAAGCCGAAGAAAGACUCGGGUUCUUCAUGAACGAAGCCAUUGAACGCGGAGCCACGAAUGCAAACCGUCUGCUGCACGGCUGGACAAUCUUCGUGACCGAAAAGGUCAGCGGCAAGUUUGAAACGUACAAGGAAAUCAUCGCCAUCAAUGGGGGCACGGCAGUACCCUACAAAGGCCGCUCCAACGUUAUCUCUGGACCCAGAAUCCCACCCUCUAAAGACCCUNNGGAAGCAGGUGAUGAAGCAGAAAACCAAGGCGGAGAAGAGGAGUUGAAUAGAGUGUACCUGAUUUCCAGCACUAGUGAUGAGGAAGUCCGGUUAUGGGAGAGGUUUGUGGCCGAGGCAAAGAAGAAGGGAUUGGAGCCCAAGAUUGUAAAGACGGAUUGGUUGAUCAAUCUUGCCAUGAGUCAGAGGGUCGAGUGGGAUGAGAAGUGGGAGUUGAAGGAGGAGUUGGUGCCUGGAUGGCCGAAGUAG